AUGGUCAACAUCAUCAACGGCAACACCUUCUGCAUCGUCCAAGGCACCAACAACCCCUGCGGCAACAACGUGGUCAUCAACAACCCCAGCAGCCCACAGACUACCUCCAGCCCCAACCAUCCCCAGGCAGCAGCAGCCGGUGGCCCAUCGUCGAUGAUCACCACCACCUCCUGCCCAACGCCCCAAAAUUCCACCAGCAUCGCUACCGUCUACAACACCGUCACUGCCACCAUCAGCCCGGGCCGCGGAAGCAACGACACCGCCGGGUUCUGGGCCGCCCGUCCCACAGGGGCAGAUCGGCUCCCUCGCAGCCCCGUACACAGGGUAUGGUAG